GUGGUGAGUGAGUAGGACUGUGCCCGUGGCUCCCGAGGCCCCCUCUCCCUCCCGGCCAUGGGCCUCUGAGCAGGUGAGGGCCCUGAUGGGGGCCAUGUGGGGGAGCUCAGGGCAUGCCAUCUGCCCCACAGGGGCAUGCUCAGAGUUCAAGUUCAAGGGUUCAGGGCUGGGCUCAGCCUCUCUUCUGCUCCUGGGGAGAUCAUUCAUGCUUCCUCUAAUCCGUGCUGCAACCGAGACUGGAAUUUGGAGUUUGACCAGCGAGGAGGCUGUCAGCACCAUGCCGUGCAGGAGGUAGGGCCACCACCAUCCUCACUGUGGCUGCGAGGCGAGAGGGGCCCAGGUGUCUCCCUUCUCAGAGCCAUCUCUGCCUCCUGCUGCCUUGAAGCCAUCGACGGGCUCCAGGGCAGGUAGGCCCUGUAUCCAGGGGAAGACCUGGCCGCCUCCGUCCGGUUGGGCAGCUUCCCCCAGCAGCGUCGGGCAUCGUGAGCUUGAGCCAGCCCCAAGCCCAGCUUGUGGCUGUGGGCUGAGCCGUUUCCUCCACUGCAGGCGAGCACAGAAGAGUGGCAGGAAAGAGGGGUUGAGAGUUUGUUCAGGACCAUGGAGAGCAGCCCCAGCAGCCCUCAGCCCACGCAGUCGAAUUCCCCGGAGACAUUUCCCCAGAGGAGCAUGGAGCCAGCUGACAUCGCAGUGCUGGUUCUGUACUUCCUCUUUGUCCUGGCUGUUGGACUGUGGUCCACAGUGAAGACCAAGAGAGACACAGUGAAAGGCUACUUCCUAGCCGGAGGGGACAUGGUGUGGUGGCCAGUGGGUGCGUCCUUGUUUGCCAGCAACGUCGGAAGUGGACAUUUUAUCGGUCUGGCGGGGUCAGGUGCUGCUGCAGGCCUUUCUGUAACUGCUUAUGAGUUAAAUGGCUUAUUUUCCGUGCUGAUGUUGGCUUGGCUCUUCCUGCCUAUCUACAUCGCUGGACAGGUCACCACGAUGCCAGAGUACCUAAGGAAACGCUUUGGCGGCAACAGAAUCCCCAUCACCCUGGCUGUGCUCUACCUGUUCAUCUACAUCUUCACCAAGAUCUCGGUGGACAUGUAUGCAGGCGCCAUCUUUAUUCAGCAGUCUUUGCACCUGGAUCUGUACCUGGCCGUAGUGGGGCUAUUGGCCAUCACUGCUCUAUACACUGUUGCAGGUGGCCUGGCUGCUGUGAUCUACACUGAUGCUCUGCAGACUCUGAUCAUGCUUAUAGGAGCACUUACCCUGAUGGGCUACAGUUUUGCUGCAGUUGGUGGGAUGGAAGGCCUCAAGGAGAAGUACUUCUUGGCCCUGCCUAGCAACCGGAGUGGGAACAACAGCUGUGGGCUCCCCCGAGAAGACGCCUUCCAUAUAUUCCGAGACCCGCUGACAUCUGAUCUCCCAUGGCCCGGGAUCCUAUUUGGAAUGUCCAUCCCGUCCCUCUGGUACUGGUGCACGGAUCAGGUGAUUGUUCAGCGGACUCUGGCUGCCAAAAACCUGUCCCAUGCCAAAGGAGGCUCUCUGCUGGCUGCGUACCUGAAGGUGCUGCCCCUUUUCAUGAUGGUGUUCCCUGGAAUGGUUAGCCGUGUCCUCUUCCCAGAUCAAGUGGCCUGUGCAGAUCCAGAAAUCUGCCAGAAGGUCUGUAGCAACCCCUCUGGCUGCUCUGACAUCGCGUAUCCCAAACUUGUGCUGGAACUCCUGCCCACGGGCCUCCGUGGGCUCAUGAUGGCUGUGAUGGUGGCGGCGCUCAUGUCCUCCCUCACCUCCAUCUUUAACAGUGCCAGCACCAUUUUCACCAUGGACCUCUGGAACCAUAUCCGGCCCCAGGCAUCUGAGAGGGAGCUCAUGAUCGUGGGCAGGGUGUUUGUGUUGCUCCUGGUGCUCGUCUCCAUCCUCUGGAUCCCGGUGGUCCAGGCCAGCCAGGGCGGCCAGCUCUUCAUCUACAUCCAGUCCAUCAGCUCCUACCUGCAGCCACCUGUGGCUGUGGUCUUCAUCAUGGGGUGUUUCUGGAAGCAGACCAAUGAAAAGGGUGCCUUCUCAGGUCUGAUCUCCGGCCUUCUCCUAGGCUUUAUUCGGCUGGUCCUGGACUUUAUUUAUGUGCAGCCUCGGUGCGAUCAGCCAGAUGAGCGCCCAGCGGUGGUGAAGGAUGUCCACUACUUGUACUUCUCCAUGAUUCUGUCUGCAGUCACCCUGAUCACUGUGUCCACCGUGAGCUGGUUCACAGAGCCACCCUCCAAGGAGAUGGUCAGUCACCUGACCUGGUUUACUCGUCAUGACCCCAUGAUUCAGAAGGAACUGGGGCCACCAACAGCUCCCCUGCCUCUUACCCUCCCCCAGAAUGGGACACUGGAGGCCAGCGGCACCAACAUUCAGCUGGAGAUUAUUGAAGAAAAUGUGUCCAAAACCCACAGCUGUGACAUGACGCAAAAGCAGUCCAAAGUGGUGAAAGCCAUGCUGUGGCUCUGUGGAAUGGAGAACAGGAGCAAGAAGGAGCCCCCAAGCAAAGCAGACCGGGUCAUAGGGUCCUUGGAAGAAAACCCCUUCGUGAAAGCCCUCCUGGACGUCAGCCUCAUUGUCUGCAUUAGCUGCGCUAUCUUUGUCUGGGGCUACUUUGCAUAAUGUGGGGUGACUGCAGGGGUCCAAACUCUCCAUUUGUUUCCAAUGCCCCAUUUUUUUUUUAAUGAAAGAAAAAUCAUAAUAAAGCUUCGUUUGUUUUUCUAUGAGCCUUCAAAGGUGUUUAUGGGCCAUUUUCAACAUGACAUUUAACUCUUUUCUUCUUCGAAAGGAAUGACGGUUAGAAGCUGGAAAAGGAGAGAAGCAUAAAAACUUCUUUUUCCCAAAAGGCUACUUCUUCACAAUCCCUGUCCAUCAGGCAAUAUCAAGAGCCAGCUUCAAACAGAUAAAUAAGCAAAGACCCACGAACCCUCCCAGCCCAAUAGCAGCCCCAUCUUCCUGGUGGGGAGUGUUAGCCCUUGAACUUUCCCCAGCUCACCUUCAAAAUGCAAGGAAUGGGACUUGAAUACUAUCUCUUGCCUUCCACUCCUGCUGGCUUUGGGUGAAGGAAUAGCCGGUCCCCAAAGGUUUCCUCAUUGCAAUCCUUGCUCCUUGAUAUUCUCUCUGGGAAAUAGACCUGAGUCGGUUCCCUGCAUUCUUGUGCUAUAAGAAAACCAAGGAAUUGUGUGCACUUCCCAAGGUCUGGUGUAGACUGUGUUUCCCUGCUUGAUUCUCUGCUGUGCUGCUUCCCCACAACAAGCAACCAGAAGGAUGAGCACCUCCACGACGACUCUCUACUGGCUGAGGGCAGUGGGGCUUUUGACCAGAAGAGCAGCCACCUCUGUUCUGGAUAGAGCCAGCCAUCCUAGUUUCUCUAUUCUGGGCCCUGACGGGGUCUGAUGGAAUGACUUGUAGGGGCUGUGUUUGCAGCAUACACAGGUGAGUUAGCUCUGAGACCAUCUCUGGAGCAGCCCAGGGCCAUGAGCUAUUAUUCUAGUCUUGGGAUAAAGGGAGCGAAUGGCAUGGAUUGGAACAACUUGCUAGCCUGACAGAACUGGAGAAUGGAACAGUAUCUCAAUUUCCAGACUUCAGAGGAUAUGGACAGGAAUCCCUGGGCUGAGGAGCCACCAGCUCACUUGUCACUCAGUGCCAUCUUUUGAAUUCCUACUUGAUGCCCUCAACACCCAGGACUAGCCUGGUCCAAAGGUAAAUAUAUUAGCUUGGGCCCUACCCUUUUGGAGGCCUGAUCCAAAUGGUAGCUGUGGGUUGGACUAAGGCACACUUCAGCCAGCCUAGAAAAGGCGUGCGUGAUGACUGCUUGCUAAUGUCGCUACGAUCUGGCCCCCCAUAACUGGCUCCUGGCAGGAGCCUGAGAUGGGUUUCUGAGGAACUGGGCUUGAGGGGAGGCUGAGCGUCCUCUCCAAGAGAGAAGCAGAGGAGUGGAGGCUCUGGAGGCUCCACUGGAGUCCAGAGCACCCUGCCCGAAUCACCCCCUAGCCAAGCUCCAGUGGCUGCACUGGCCUGUCACACCCAGGCCUCUGCUGCCUCCGGCUGGGUCAGAAGUGUGUUUCAGUGGGAGUUAUCAGUUUGGAUGUUCAGCUCACUGCCACCUCGCUCCUGGUUCACUACCACCAGCCUCCCGCUGGCCUUCCUGCCUCUACUCUUGACCAUUCACCAGUCAUAGGGAGAGAGAGUGAAUCUGAUCAAGCCACUCCUCUGCUCCUUCAGUGACCUCCCCAAACUCCCAGGAUGAAGUCCACAUUCCUUACUAGGAAUGACAAGCCCCCUGAUGGCAAGGCCUCUCUCUGGUUUCAACUAAUUGCUCUCCUUCCACAGACUAAGGUUGUAUCAUAUUCAUGCUUUCCCACUCCUGUGCCUAACACAGUGGCUGGCAUACAGUGGGCCCUGAAAUGUAUGGCUAUAAAUGUCCAAUAAAUGGGUUUUUGCCUCUGCUCUUCCCUUUGCCCAUACUAUCCUUCUUUCCUCUUCUGGCUAACUCCUAUUCUAGGUGCAUCUUAAACAUCACUUCCUCCAGGAAGCCUUCCCUGAUUAUCCCAUUCCUAUUAUGACAUGUGCCUUCAAAGCAAGUAUCACACUAUAUUAUCAAUUGCUUGACUGCCUUCCCAACUUCAGGGAAAGUUCCACAGUGGCAGUGUGUCACUCACACUUAGGCCUAGCACAGUGCCUGGUGACGGAAUGAACAACGACCUUCAGAACCCAGAUGCCCUCUCACCUUCACCAGCCACACCCCUCCCAGGCCCGGCUUCUGCCUAUGACCAAGGAACACCCACUAUUCCUGCCCCAGUUCAGCUCCCUGGGGUCUGAGCUCAUGGGGGUGACCCACUGGCAGGACAGUUAUCUUUGGAAACUAUGCCACCUCAAAGCCCUCCUGGACAAGACAGUGGCCUCUAGAGCUGCCCUUCUGAUCAGUUCUCACCUUCAAGAAAGGCCCACAGUCAGCAAAUCAUGUGACUCUGCCUCCCUAAUGACCACGAGCUGAUCUGCCCCCUUCACUCCCUCCCCGCUGCCUCUACGUUAAGCUAGGCUGGUAUCAGCUCUCUCCUAGGGACUUUCUGCCUCUAGUCCUGCUCCACACCAGUCUGUGUUCUGUAUCAGAGCCACCGGGGUCUAAACUACUGACGGGGCUGCUGCUGCCUCCCAGCGCCCUGAGCAGCUCCCUAGCCCUGGACACCUCCUGGACAUGAGCUCUGAGGCCCCUGGUAUUCCAGCGCCUCCUGGCCUCACCGGCUUUGUCCCCUGCCUGCUGCCGCCUCCCACUCUGUUUUGUGCUGGCGCUCACCCCACAGCUGCUGCUCAAGCUCUUCCUUCUGUCUUAAGUGCACAGCCCCACCCUCCAAUCAGCACCGGGAGCUUAGGCCUUCCCCUUGUGCUCCCUCGGCUCCUCCCUCUCCACACCGGUCUGUUUCCCGGGUGUGCCUUCUGCUUCCAUGUCUGUAGGGUUCGCAUUGGCUCCCCAGGGUCCCAGGGUCUAGGCCAGUAUAUGGAAGAGCAAACCCUCAGUAUUUACCUGGAGGACACACAGCAAUUACUUAAAGACCCCACUUCAAUUCUAAGGGUCUUUGUGUGAAAACAAAAAUAUUGAGUUUCUACCAUGAAAGGACAUGCAAAUGUUUUUCUGGUCAAAUAUAAUUUAUUGAUGUGCAUAAAAACUCAA